AAUGAGUCGAAUGCAGACGCGUAGGCUGCUACAAAACAGCUUCUAAACAUCAAAUUAACGUUUCUUUGCAGUGCAAAAUACUAUUUUUCUAAAAGCAUUAAUGGUAAUGCAUGCAAGGAAACUCCCCAGACUCAAUGAUGGGUAUGCUGACAGAAAAGACUCCCAUCUGCACCAGAACAUGCCAUACCAGUCGAAAAGUUUUGGAGGUGUAUACCGGAACAAGUACGAUCGGGAUGACGACCGCUCCAGUGAUGACGGCAGUGGCAGCCGUAACAGUUCCCGAUAUCACAACAAGUCUUCAUAUAUUGAGAGGAAUAAAGAAAAGCGAGGUUCUGUCAGUGUGCCAGAAACAAAGAGCAACAACCAGGUGUACGGGGUGUCCACCUCUGGCGGCCGCAGUGGUCAGGGCAGUGGUCAAAGCAACACCUCCACAGGUCAGCACAACCAUCAAGACCGCUACACCAAGUCGACCAUCAAAGAUUCCAAAGACCAAAGAGGAGAGAAGGAGCACAGAGUUGAAGUACAAAAGUCAGCCGUCAGGGUAUUUGGAGACUGGUCAGAGCACAUUAGCUCGUCUGGAAAGAGAUAUUAUUACAACUGUAGAACCGAAGUUUCUCAGUGGGAAAAACCUAAAGAGUGUGCAGAAAGUCCUCAAACACCAGACAACAGUCGAACAAAGGAAAGUCGCACUCCAAUUAAAUCUUCACACCCAUCAUCUUCAAGUAGAAUUGCAGAUGACCGGUGUAAACAUUCCACAAGUGAUAGGGACAGGGUGGACAGCCGUUAUUCGCGGAGUAAUUCGGAUACCGUCUCCGUCAGACAGUCAGACAAAUCUCACUUGGACCGACAUAAGAUGGGGUAUACCGCGGACAGCCCCAACAGUAAUGCAACGUCACAUAGAACUAGCACGAGCCAACGGAAUAAUUCUCAUUCUGACAGUGCUAACAGUCACAAGGAUAGUAGUACGUUUUUGGACGUUCGGAAAAACAGUUCUCAUUCGUAUUCUUCAAACGAGGCUGCUUUGAGGAGGCAGCGUCAUGAGAGCGAGGGAAGUAGGUCAUCAUUUGGACAUACCACGCCACACAAGAACGAUGAAUCUGCUUAUGUACAUACAGACAGCAUGGAUAUUUCUCCUGGAAAUACACCAACGGGUACGCGACAAGCAUCAAAACCGUCAUGUACAGCGGCUUUACAAACGUUACAGAAGUUACAAGAAGCUCUCAACCUCCAUAUAAACAGAGCUCAGCAAAUGGCUCAAAAUGUCCAGCCAUCACCACAGCAACAACAACAACAGUCCAAACAGUUGUCGAGUCCGCAACAGAGCCGUCACUCGGUGCAUCACCUUGGCAACAAUAUACAGGGUCCUCCUCCUCUCUGUUCCCAGCCGCUGGAGCAGAACAUAAACAGUGGCGACCACCACCACCACGACCACCACCAGAGUCCAGUGUCUGAUGCGAGUCCCACAUGGAGUCCCAAACAGAGUACCAACCCAACCCAAAUUGCCCCAGUGACGAGUGCUCUUUCAGGUGCAAUAAUCAAGAAGGAACAAUCAGUGGAACUGACACCGUCGCUUAGCAACUACUUCAAUGAAAAACUUAUAGGUCAUGUCCUUGGCUGGCAGGCAGAACACGUGGAGAGACAGGCACAUCUUUACUGUGACGAAGGGCUGGCGUUGGGCAGUUUGCAGUGUAGUCGGGUUUCCGUGGAGCUGAAGAAAGACCGGUCACUAGUACGGACAGCUGAGAUACAGUCCACUUUACACGAACAAAGAAUUUUAUUUCUCGACAAGCAGAUCAGUGAAAUAGACGGCCUGAAGACUCCAUCGACGUUCCUUCCAUCCUGACACCAUCUGUGAUGGCACCCAGCUCCGUGCGAUAUCGUGUGAUAUUCAACACCAGCUACGGCUGCAGUGGCCUCAGACCUUUAAAUGUUGUGUUUGCCUUCACGACGAACGGAGGGAGACGGCCCUCACAAGCGGGGAAACUCUACAAGUCCUCCUGGCUGGCUUUUAGCAAACGAGACAGAAUGGGGUUUAGAAGAACAAAAUAUGGAGAGAGAUUGAGAAAGAGAGAGAGAGAGAUACAGACGGAUGGACGAACCACUCGCCAGUUUGUUGAUCUGGGACAGGCAUUUUGAUGUGAACGACAUCUGGUUCUGUCGUUGAAACAUUGAUUAUUAACUCUUCAGAAAGUAUUGUCUAUAUGAUAAAACAUAUUUUUUAUUCUGGCAAAUAUUUUUCCAGUGUUAGUAAUUUACUAGUGUUACCUUUUGUAGUUCUAUGUUAAGUUAAUGUUUCCCAGCCCAAAAGAAUCUUUUUGUAGACAUGCAUAAUUUUUUAAAAUGAAGAGAAGAGUUCUAUUGUCCGUAAUUCAUAAUAUGAAAUAUUUAGGAAAGACUGAUUUUGGGAAAUAUAUUAAGAAAUACAUUCUAAAAAUGUUCUGUGGUUACAAUUUAGGUAUUGUCUGUUUUAAGUCUGUCUUGUUUUUAAAAAAUGCAUACUAGUUUUCACAUCCAAGUUAGACAAAAAGAAGUCUGAAGUAAACCGACUGUAAUUUCUUAGUGAUACAAAAACAAACUUGUAGGAAAUAAACUGACUAAAAUUUCCGAAUUAGACAAAAAGAAACUUCUAUAAUGCAAAACAACUGAAAUUUUGUUAAUUUUGCCUCUAGCAAUAUUAUUUCAACACAAAAAAAAAAGAAGAAAAAAAGCAUCUUAUGAAAAGUUAACUUUCUUUAUGAUUUGAACCCUUCACAUCUAUGGCAUGCACAUACCACUGACUUCAAUCCAGUGCCAAAGACUGAUGGAAUGAGCAAAAAAGAUUUCAGUAUUGACCUCACGAAAGCUGCUGUUGUCUUCCGCAAAUAGUAAAUAAAUUGCAUGUUCUCCAACAUAAAUUAUAUACAAUGUAAAUGGUAGAUUGAUCAUAGCUUUAUAACGUAAUUAAAGGGGCUUUUGUCUUCGGUAGGCUGUAGAUUUUUGAAGCUAUUUUGGCGCUACGAUAACGUAAAACCAACGUAAGCUAUAACAUCACUACAACACUCGCCAAAGAAUGCAACGGUUUUACAUCUAUCGUAGUUCUAAAAUAGCUUAGAAAAUGAAAGACCAGUCUAUCAUAUUCCGAUAUCGUGGUCCAUGAUGCGAUGCAUCGAUUUAGGGUCCCUGUAUAGCAAUACAUAAGAUAUACAUAUAUGUGUCGCUCACCUUAAUUUCUGACGUUCUUUACCUUUUCUGUUUUGCAUAAAAUUAAUUUUGAGCUACUGCAAACAUAAAGUUGACCAAAACCACAUAGGAUUUGCUAAAAUGUACAAGUUAAGCUAGAUGACAUAAGUUAUAUAUAUAAGUAAUGGGAUAAAAUUGUGGUAAUUGCUGAAAAUACUUUAUACUGUCAAACGCUUGGGUCAGUGCCAGUAGCAGGGCUCAAAGGUUAGAAUUUGUCGCAUACAGCAGUCUUUUAAAAACAUUGCCAUGGGUGAAGCGGCCCACUGAUGGCAAUUUUGAGCCUGACUAUGGCAGUCUUUCUCUCUCUUUUGCAAAGUGACUCUUGCAGCAAAUCGACACAACUGAAAGGUUAUUUUACUGAUGUAAAAAAAUGUAACACUAAGAAACAGAGUAAUUACAAACAUUUGUUAAUUAAGUCAAAAUUACACCAAACAACUAAAACAAGAAUUUGUUUUGUUUAA